AUGCCUCUCGACGGCAAGCGCAUCAUAUUAUGUCUAGAUGGCACCUGGGUCAACAGCGAUAAGGGAUACAACCGCCCGACCGCACAAGACCCAAACGACACACUAGCCGUCCCCACAAAUGUGACUCGCGUGUACCGGUCACUGAGAAAACGGGGUUUUGAUGGGGAGAGCCAGGUCAUGUACUACCAUCCCGGUGUAGGUAGUACUGGCGGCAUCGAGGACUCAAUUGCCGGUGGGGUCUUUGGCACCGGAGUGGCCGAAAACAUUAGGGAAGCAUACAGUUUCGUCGCAACGAAUUAUGAGCCCGGCGAUGAGAUUAUCUUAUUGGGUUUCUCGCGUGGUGCGUUUACUGCACGGGGUGUGGCUUCGUUGAUCGAUGCGAUUGGGCUUUUGAAUUCUGAUGGGAUGGAAAUGCUCUAUCCUAUCUUUAAAGAUGCGGAGAAUUUUGAGAAUCCGGAUUACAAGGAUAAAUUUCCUACAAUUCCUUUUCGGAAUAAGCCUCGUCGACCGAACAAUGGAAAAGAGUACAAGCGUCGGUUGGAAGAAGUGGGAUUGACAAGAGUUUUCAACCCAGAUGGGCGCCGCAUCAAGAUACGCUGCAUUGCGGUCUGGGAGACCGUAGGAAGUCUAGAUCAUACGUGCCAAUUCUACGACACCCGCCUCUCAAAUACAACCGAAUACGCCUUCCAAGCCCUAGCACUAGACGAAGAUCGCACAUCAUUUGCCCCGGCUGUCUGGGAACGCCCCGACGGCGUUAAUACUGAUCUCCGCCAAGUCUGGUUCUGCGGAGCCCAUUCUAAUGUCGGCGGUGGACUCCCAGACCAAGAACUCGCCAAUAUCUCCCUAGCCUGGAUGAUGGACCAACUAACAUCAAUUGGCGUCGCGUUCUACGACGACACAAUUGACAAGAUCUUCGCGAGAAGUGUACGCUACUUCUUCGAUCAUCCCCACGGGUCCGAUGCUGAUUCGUCCUCCAAUUCCGAACAAUGGAGACAGUGGGCGGAUUUGUCCGUAUAUGAAGAGCACAAGCCAGUCAGGCCUUGGGGUUUGGGUGAGAUUGUCCAGCCUGAUACGGGGUAUUAUCACCUUGCUGGGAAGACGACGAGGACACCUGGGCAGUAUCGGCGUAUUGAUCCUGAGACUGGACGGGUGACGUCGCGGUUCUUGGUCAAUACGAAUGAGAGGAUUCACCGUAGUGUGAGGAUUAGGCUUGAUCUUGGUGGGUUGGGGUUUGAUGAUGUUGGGCUGUAUAAGUGUAAGGCGCUGUUGAAGAAGGGGCCUUGGGACCUACAGAAGGUCAGGGCUGUGGUUAGUCGAAAAGUCCAGGAUAUUGAUGGGGAUAUGGGGGAUGUUAUUGAGAAGUUUGAGGAUGAUCGGUGGGGGUGGAUUUAUGCUGGGCCGAAGGACGAUGCGCCUUUAGAGAUGAUCUUGAUGGAGGAGCCGCUGGGGCCGUAUGAGAAACGGCUACUUCGUCUUAACAAAGGUGACUAUGCUUAUGCAAAUGCAGAGAAAAUGUUGCUGAUUAUGGUCGACAUCUAG